AUGAAGCAGCUUUCAAAUUUAUGUAAGGCAAUUAAUAACGCAUCACGAGCCGGUAAAAGACAGUUACUGUUACACGAAAGUAAUAAUAUUACAAGAAAUUUUUUGAAACAGAUGCUAAAACACGGAUACAUCACUAAAUACUCUUAUGUAGAUGAUAAGAGAAAAGGAAAAACAAUUAUUUGGUUAAAUGGACGGCUUAAUAAAUGUGGUGCAAUAUGUCCUAACUACAAGGUAGAAACUGAGCAUAUUGAAAAUUAUAGAUCUCGCCUUCUACCAGCUAGACAGUUUGGACAUGUUCUUUUUACUACUGAAAAAGGAAUGCUUGAUCAUAACGAGUGUAUAAGUAGUAAUGUUGGAGGAAGUAUUUUGGGAUUUUUUUAUUAA